AUGGGCCACCCAGAGACCACCAAGUCCAACACGGACUUCCCAGUCCCAAGGGAUGAUGAAGAGAGUCUUACUCUACAGAAGGAUUGGACUCCAGAAGAAGAGAGGAAGGCUAAGAGAAAACUGGACCUGAUUAUCAUGCCUUUGUUGACACUUGGAUUCUUCUGUCUCCAACUGGAUCGAGGAAAUAUUGCCAAUGCCCUGACAGACGACUUCUUUGCCGACGUCGGCAUAACCCAAAAUCAGUUCAACGUUGGCCAACAAAUGCUCUCCCUGGGCAUCGUCCUUUUCGAGAUACCUAGCAACAUGAUCCUCUACCGCGUCGGCCCAGGCAAGUGGUUGACUAUUCAGCUCUUUCUCUUCGGUACAGUCAGUACCUUCCAAGCUUUCCAGAACAACUACGGUUCUUUUGUGGCGACUCGCUUCUUGCUUGGAAUUACUGAGUCUGGAUUUAUCCCUGGUGGACUUUGGACACUCAGUACUUGGUAUACACGCAAGGAGACUGCUAAAAGAGUCAUGUUCUUUUACUUUGGUAACCAGUUUGGCCAAGCUUCUUCCAAGCUGCUCGCCUAUGGUAUUCUUCACAUGCGAGGUGUCGGAGGCAAGCCUGGCUGGUUCUGGCUUUUCGCAUUGAUGGGUGGCUUCACGGUCCUUAGUGGUGUCGUCCUAGGUUGCUGUCUUCCAGACUCCUUCAAGAACCCACGAAGUACCUUCCUGCCAAACGUCAAGAUCUUUAAUGAACGUGAGCUGCAAAUCUUGCAAACUCGAGUUCUACUUGAUGACCCCAUGAAGGGCAAGAAGAAGAAGAAGAUUGGCCUGCCCGCCUUCAAGAAAGCAUUCUCCAAUUGGCGCCUGUGGGUGCAUAGCGUUAUUUCCUUCACGAACAACGCGCCCCAACGUGGUUUCGACACAUACUCCCCUUCCAUUGUCAAGAGCUUUGGCUUUGUGGGUCUCACCAGUAACGCCCUCGCCUCUGUCGGUCUCUUCCUUCAGAUCCCUGUAUCUUGGUCCUUCAGUUAUGUAUCAGACAAAUACAACAAGAGACCUGAAACUGUCAUGGCGGGUCUGAGUAUGCAUCUCCUCGGUUACGUGUUCGAUCGCAUCUUUACAGAGCUUUCCAUCAAGGGUGUCAGCUACUUUGGAGUCGUAUGGACUCAGACCUUUGGUACUUUCUCGCAUCCUCUUAACAUUGCAUGGAUGUCUCUUGCCUGUGAUGACUCCGAAGAACGAGCCCUUGCCAUGGCCAUGGUUAUCAUGUUUGCCAACAUCGCUGGAAUCGCCGGCGCCCAGAUCUUCCGAUCCGAUGAUCGACCAAAGUAUCGCCGUGGCUUCAGCGUCAACAUCGCAAUUCUCGCUGUUGGUCUUGCGCUUGCGAUCUUGCGAUAUCUUGACGAUAAGAUCUGGAGGCGGGAGAAGGUUGCUGAAAUUCAAGAGCAGCUUGCUCAUGAGAAUGAGAGUAACAGUGAUGAGAAGAGUGAGGGUCAUAGAGACGGACAUGCACCCACUCUCGGACUUGAGAAGGCAUCUCCCGCUGAGCUGAACCCUGUUGCAAAGUCUACUCAGUAG